AGCUGGCCUGAAGCAAAAGGUUGGUGUCCAAAUUUUCCAUAACUAUUAAUUAUAGCUUUGCAGCGCUAUAGAUUCUGUCUACACCAAACUUGACGUUGAAAAAGUGAAGAUCGGUAAGUGGUUCGAUAUGUAAAAAGUUGUAAAUUUGUGCUUGAUAGACUUGGUAAUGAUCGCUUUUGAUGCCUGCAUUAACAUCAUUUUCACGGAAGUUCAGCUUUACAUUUACCGAAUUUGAUAGGUCUAUUACUCUCGCAAUUAUUUGCUUUUGACUUGGAUCAUGUGGAGAUCGACUUUUGAAACGCGUUGACUUGUCAAUAGCUAAGGUCGCAGGACAUAUAACUGUUUGUUCAUUGCCUAAUGCCCAAGGCUAUAAGGGUCUUCAAGGCUAGUAUAAUUCUGCAUCUAUUUUUAGUUUCAAUCAUUUCAUGACCUUUAGCUUAGUUUUAUGCUAUUCUUAGUAAAGGAAUUUUCCUAACCCCUCGAUUGUUUAUAUCUGACUAUCCAAAAAAACAAGGCAAAAACUUGAAUACUGCUUAAAAUAUCUUAGUGAGACAAUACUCAAUAAUAUCUAUAUUCUCUUAUGAAGUACAUAUUCAGGAGUGAGGGCUGGAAUUUAGUGCACCAAACCCUUUCGGCCAGCCUCUUGGGGCGAUGUUCGAUGUGUGUGAACGACUUAUCCCGCCCCCGUUUUCUCUUUUCGUGGCGCUAAGAAAUUAAAAGCUAUCCGGCAUAGUGUGAACAGUGCCUAUUUUGGGGGCUAAUCCGGGAGGUUAAGGCUGACCAUACUGAAGGGCAGUCUGGGGACAUGCUAGCUACUAUUAAGAAAUUCGUUACUAUCACGUGCUUACCAAUGCUUACCUCAUUAGGCAAUUAAACUGUGCAAUGGCGAGUGCUUUUAUUGCGGCCUCUAUCGAAGCUUCUGCUGAGGAGGCUGCAACAACUGCUGUGGAAACAGUUGUGGAAAACGCUGUCGAAGAUACUGUCGAAGAGACAGUGGAAAACGGUGUGGAAAAUGUUGUAGAAGAAGUAAGUGCUCAAAUAUGGACAGGUGUCACCGUCGUCAUUUGCUUAUGAUUCUUACUAAGUAAGCAUAGCAGCAAGCAUUAUCGAGGCCAGUCAAAAAAUGAUAAUUUAUCACUUUUGUUAAGACAAAAAAAUCCUCAUUACUUGGGUAAAUGUACUAAGAUCCAAUAAGUGAAUUGCUUUGCUUUAUCAGGUAGUUGAAAAUGCGGUCGAGAACUCUGUUGAAGAAGGGGUUACUGAUGCAGUCGAGGAGGCAGUAGAGGAAGCCGUUGGGGAAGCUGUUAGUUCAAGUUUGAAGAAACAGCUGUUAAUAUUCAUAGCUGGUAAAGAAAAAACAUUGAAUUUACGACAGUCAUAGGUUUGAGCUAUUUCCAUAAACGUCAUAAACCUAAGGGUCAAUGGCGCGGACGUACUGUAAGUUCGUGGGAAGUGGCCAAUGUGUGCAGGGAGUGAUAAUACAAGUGAAAGUGAGUGAAAGUACAACUAAAACUGUGUUGUUCUAGUGAUCUAUGUAGAAUGAAAGUAGCAGUGGUCAGUCUCAAAUUUACUUUCUACAAAAAGAAAAAAAACAAAAAUGGAAGAAGUAAGCAGAGUUGUUGUCGUGGAAGCCGAGAUGUGUGCUUCUUGGUCCACUUUGUAGAUCAGUGCACGUACAGCUGUAUUGUUUAAUUUUACCACUUGUUUUAUUCAUUUCAUGUACGAAUAUAAUCGCAUUUCUUCCCUCAGGGCUUAUUGUAUCUGUAGGUGUGAUAAGUCCAAUCAUCCAUGCGAUCCAAGCUUCAACUGGUGCUGGGAAGAAAGAUUGUGACAUAGAUGAUAAAACAAAGAAAAAGGUAUUAGUUCUAAUUAUGCUUCUGUUAUGUCAGUCUCAAGGAGAUGAAGAUCGUUCGCUAUCUCUAUCGUUCUAGGUUGGAAGCACCUGUCAAUUAUUUUAAAGAAUUGAAAAAACGUUUCUAACUGAAUCUAUGUGAUAACUCAGUGUUCAUUAACGCAGAUCACGGAGAAUUCAGUUUAGCCUUCACGUUAUCGCACUCCUUUCCUUCUUACGUUGUAAACAAGUUCUUUAUUGUUUUUUUUUUUUAAUUAUUAUUAUUAUUAUAAUUAUUUUUAUCCCCUGCUUAAUUAGAUUCAUAUAUAGAUUUAGCCAGGGCUAAAAGAGAAGCUCUUAAAAAAGUUUGUUCAAACAAAAUAUAAAAUCCUUUUAUGCUAAAGGUGAUGUUACACGGGACGUUUCGCAACGACGAUUUUUAGCGCAACACAGCGUUGCAAUGUUGGAACAAUGUUGUAACCAUUCGAAACAACGUCGCAACAAUGUUGCAACUCUGUGUUGCGCUAAAAAUCGUCGUUGCAAAUCGUCUCGUGUAACAUCACCUUAGGCGGCGAAGGCAACGCCGGAGAACGGUGAAAAACAACGAUAGGUCUAAGUCUGAUUAGCAAAAAAGCAACUUUGCACGUGCACGCACUUUUUUGGUACAUUUCUUUGCCGUUGUUUUGCACGACUACAACGUGAAACUUCCAGAAACUUCUUAGACGUUACACGUUGUUUAGAGGAAAUGUCGUACGUGUUUUCGUUCACUUUUUUUUCACUGCCACUCAUUUUCACCUUGCAUUGGUGGCCGCUAGCAUUUCUCGUUUUGUCACCGCCGCUACAAAUUUUCGUGUCGUCUCCUUUGUUUUUGAAUCCCUCGCUCUAGAUCUCUGUCGCCCUUUUUCUCGUUGAUCUUCGCUGGCCUGCCGUCUACUUUCUCUUUUUCUCUGUCUUUCUCUUGCUCUAUAUUCCAAAUUUUUGGGCAUGACAAUUAAUCUAAGCUUAAUAUUUUAGACAGCACGGAUACAGAAACAAUUUCCGCUUUCAGUUUUCGACGUUAUUGAGCUUUAGUUCUCUCUGCUUUACAAGACGCGGGUGGCUAUGCGAUUUCCCGCCAAAAUAAUCUCGAGUUGCAUUUGGGUUGCCAUACCUGCUGAUUGAGUUAUUUUACAUUGGCAUGCCUGUGAUGGGGACGGACGGUCGGUGGUCGGCGGUCGGUGAACGGUAACGUGAUUACCAAAUUUUCUGGGAUGGGUAGAUUUACUUACCCAUGGUGCUCCGCUAUUAUCACUAUGUUUUUCCAAGAGAGAUGCCUUUUUUAUAACGCAACAAAUACAUAAAUACUGUUUAUUAACCCUAUUCAGAGCGGGGAGGCUUUUGGAGCACCCCCUCGCUAAAACGUUGAAUAACUCCAAAACCUUUUAAGAUUUGACCACCGAACUUCGCGACUUUUCCUAAAAAUUAUCUGAACACUUUAGCAUUGACGUUGUUUUUCAAAUAUAAUUUGCUUUUUUUCUUACCGAAUAAGAUUUUUUAUAUUUUUUGAUUAACUCGUAGCAUUUUAUAUAAUUUAGCAAUAUUUUAUCCAGUUUAUUAUAACUAUAAGUGUAAUCCAGGGUUUUUAGUGACUGAUUUGAAAAAAAUCAUGAAUUUAAAAUGACCAAUUGGCAGAUGUUAGUUUUAAUAUUCAACAUUGUUAACUUCUCUCGGGGUUUCACAACUUGUUGAUUUUUUGCUUCCUGGGCAUCCUUUUGUACAUAGAUCUUUUUUUUUUCACGGUUACCUUGAUUUAUACGGGUUUUAAGGACAAAUUAAUAUAUUUAAUUAAUUCAAAAGGGCGGAUCCUUCAUGCCGGAUGGUUCCGUCAUCAUUACACCACUGCUAUUGAUAAAGAUUUUAUUAAUGAGUUUGCCAACUUCUUGAUUUUGUGAGAUACCAUACUAUUUAAAAUAAGUAUUUUUCGAGUUGAGGGGAAAACUAAUGGUGUUUGGAUUCUGCCAAUAUGACGUCAUAGCGACGUCAAUCUUCGUCAUCGUGUCAGUCAAGUUAUCCCUAGAUGUUGCAAAUGAUGAGUACAUUUUUCUGAAUAAUUUUCCCCACCUCCUCUCUUCGCGACCCUCUUCCGAUCGCAGGAAGCAAAAAAAUAGGGUCUGAACAGAAUUAAGGACCAAGCCCACGUUUCUUUAUUUCUCGUGUUGGUCAACAACUAUAUGUCCUUUAUAAAUACAGAAAUUAAGAACCGAAUUAAGAACUUACUUCACCUAAAUUGCCUAUAAUAAGCCCAACUGGAGCUUUUUUGCGAGACUUAGUAAAAUGUAGGUAUUUAUGAGAGGGUUUUCUACUGUACCUGAUUUGCUCUAUCCGUCCGGCUAGAAAAGCCUUGCUAUUUACGGGUAGAGCAAUUUGUAAAUUUUUGCUUUUUCAGUGUUGAAAAAAAAACUUAGCUGAACUAGGAGUAAAGCGUGGCCUCGAGUAAAACUUGAAUUGUGGAAAUCGAUUACCCAUUAGGGUGGAUUCAUAGCAUUUCUUGAGGUGGAUCCUACAAAGGAGGGUACCCUAACAGUUGCUGCAUGCGAGAGCCGUAGGCCCGCACAACUGUUGUAUGAAAAAAAACUCUCAGCUAAAAGAGGCAUCGCCCUAGAAGUCACCCUAAAUCAUCUAAACCGGACGAAGUCCCCCAAAUGUGUAAACGUUUGUUGUCCUUUGUUUCCACACCUGAGCCAUGUCCAUUCGAUUCUCGGAUUAAAAUAGGCUAAGUAUUUGAAAGGAGAAAGAACUUAUCAAUUUUAGAGAUAAUUACUAAAGACUACAUGUAACGGCACAACGAGAAACAAAGAGGCCUAGAGAAUGAGUUUCAUUUAAGGUUUCAUGAUUUUAACAGAUGGACCGGUCUGAGGGUGUUCUCGACGCUUUGAAUGCUCUUCUGCAAUCAUGGACAGCGGAACUGAAGAAAUGUAGCAGCAGAGAUUCCUUAGGGAAUGUAACAUACGGCGAAAAAAAUGCCGAUGCUGGUGGAGUCGUGUGGACAUUGUUAAAUGACAUGAAAGAAGUGAGUAAAGGCUGGCUUACACCUACGACGCCGUAAUCUGCAAGCCAUCAACAUGUUUUUCAAGGUCUCACCCCUUCGUGUUUGAUGCUCCAUAACUUUAACUGGCAUGUAAGAAAAACCCAAAAAGUGUAACAACAUAUUUAAAAUUGAACAUAAUUUUAGACCAUGUUUCGUUGACAUCAAUACUUCAGUCCAUAGCAAGAGAAAACCAUAAUCUGUUAAAAGUGUUUAGACCAACACCUUGGCGAUUUCAAAAAAAAAAAAAAUUAUGAAGUUUUUCAAAUUUAAUGUUCGAAUUUUACAAUUUUUUUUUUUUCACUUUUGUUUUAUUUGAAUUUACAGUUCCUAAUCUUUAUUUGAAUACCUAAUGAUGUCAACAAAACAUAUUCUAAAAUCAAGUUCAGUUUUAGAUGUGUUGUUUCAUUUUGUGGCUUUUUUGUACAUGCACUACAAUCAAAGUUAUGGAUCGCGAGCAUCAAACAGGAAUGGGUGAGACCUUGAAAAAAUGGUUGUAAGCCUCGUUAACAGGAUUUUGUCUUUAACAUUACCACCCUAGUCAGAUUAGCCAUCCGUACUUGCACUAACGUGGCCAUGUUGUGAUAGCUUCUAGUGCGCCACAAUCACAUCUGCAAAUUUGAAACUUAAGACCAGCCGAAAGCUCUUGUUUCUUCUUUCUUUAACUUUUUAUUACACAGGAUCUUAACAAAGCCCUGCUUAUCGCAGAUGAAGACAAAGCUAACUGUCAGUGGGAGGCUGACAUAGACCAGUUUGAGUUGGAUGUGAUUAAGGGAGCUUAUAAUGUCAGCGCCAUCUUCAUUGCGAAGGAUCAUGCUCCGGGUAUGCAAGAGAAGAACUUCCCACCUGAAGCUGACCGCAAGAAGAUGACAGACACCUUUAAUAAGUAUUACAACGAUGAAUGGAAAAAGAUGAUCAAAUACAAUGUAUGUAAACAUUCCUGCAACCUCGCCACUUUCUCUUUUUAUUUUUUUGCUGUUUUUGCCGUAUCAACCACUCGCAAUCAUAAAAAAAACCCGUUCACUUUGUUGAAACAAAUGGGGGAAGGAGGGAGGGGUUGAGGUCUCAAAUGUAAUAAAUGACCCUUAAUGCAAUGAAAAAAAAAGUCCUAAGUGACGUAAUAAAUUUUGGCCCUAAAUGUAAUAAAGGUCCUAAGUGUAUAAAAACAUUUUUUUUUGAUAUAGGAACUAGACUAUGCGUGUCAAAAAUACUUCUCAAACGUAAAUUUGUAUUUUAGUACUUCUUUGGGUUCCUCGUUUAAAUCAUCUGGUAUUCAGCCAGUGCUCUCGUCCAAUUAAUCAUACUCCAUCUUGGAACGUGUAGAGCACGAACGUAGUAGAGCACAAUGACUUCUAAUUUUCCUUGAGACUGGGAAUGGUAUGAGCGGCUGUAUACCAUUUUUACUCGCAAUUUACGACCAAGUCUUUCCACGGCUGCUUUAAGUUCAGAACCUUGGUCACUUUGCAGUACCAAAAGGGGGGUCCAUUUUCUAUGUAUAUAGCCUUUAACUCAGCCGCAACUGCAUGCUUUGCUAUUUUUGCUUUCAAGUGGUCUAAGCCAAAUGAACCUACUGAAGCCAAAAAUGUCGAAAAAAAAAUUCCUUGAUCUGAAGUUUAACCCUUCCACACUUUCCAAGAUCCAACAGAUCUCCUUGGUGUCUGACUUGCACAUAUAUACGAGAACAAACAGGAGAAGUAGUCGAGUGUUUCUCCCUACUCCUUGAGGAGUUAGUUUAAUUCCUUCUUUUCCUAACAUCAGGCUCGAAUUUAACAAGACCAGGCGCCGUGGGUUUCGUUUAGAACUCUGUUCUGGUUUCAGAGAAAUUUUACCAAUACCAUCAUAAUUAUUUAAGAAUUUGUUGUUUGCUGCUUUUCUUUCAAUCCACCAUUCCACAUUGCCCAAAUAAUACACCUUGUUUACCGCACAAAGUUUAUGCCUAAGCCUUGUUUUCAGUUUUCCUAGAAAAACCGGUAAUACCUAGGAGAAACUGGAAACAAUGGUUAUGCAAAAUUUUGUGAAGGUAAACAAAUCUUAUUAUCGGCAAUGUGAAAAUGAACUAAUUUAAGGAUUACUGGGGCAUUGUAAUUAGACAGCGCAUGCAAGACCUAAGGGAUUUAUUGCACUUUGCGCGCGUCAACACGCGCCAGUUGUAUUUAUAAGUGAUCUAUUACAAUUAUGAUUAAUAAUAGCUUUAAUAGCUUUCUGCAAACAUUUUUUGUAUAAUUAAACAGGCCAAAAACAAAUUGACGAAGGCUGUGAAAGAUGGGGCGAAAAAAGCAUCCGAAGAUGCUGUUAAGACCUUUAUCAAGGAGCCACUCAAAGCACAGAUAAAAUCAGGGAUGCAGUCGCAAGUUAUCCCUGAUAUUAAAUCUGCGGCUACCAAGGCAGCACAAGCCGAGGUAAUAAACCAAUGCAACAUGAAGCUCUAAGUAACAGAAAAAUAAGACGUACAGAAAACCUCAAAUUUAUUCGGAAAGGGUUUUGCCUUUGCUCCAACUUUCGUCUACCGAGAUAUAAUUAUAAUUAUAUAUAUGUCAUUCAAACAGAAGAGACCAAACCCACUUUGGUGUAAAAAGUUGUUGGAUAAUUAAUUAAAAUAUAUUUUAUCCCGAAGAAAAGAAGGGCAUCAAAAAGGCACUUUAUUUGGGUGUCAAAUAAUUUAUCACGAAAGUACUAGUCGAGGAGUUUUCUUAAGUCUCCUUUCUACUAGAGGCGAAACCGCUAUUUUACGACGUCAUCUAAGCCACUCAAAGGUCUUGCCGUUUGGAUGGCAUGGGCAGUACCAUCAUUUCUCAGGUUUUUUAGAUCCUGAGUGUUGGUACGACCCCGAGAAUCAAACCCACUUUCUGCUCAUUAGUCAAGCGCUCUACCGACUUAGCUAAUCUUGCCGCGGUUUUCGUUGAAAAUAACCAAUGACAAUUGACUUUGACUGUUUUUCCUCGCCAGACAACCGUCGUCUUCAAUGACUGGUAUCCCAGGAUUGAGAAACACUUAGAAGUCCCAAUAGAAGGCAUUGCUACGCUAAAGAAUUGGAUGAUGAAAAACGUAAAGCCUGAAGCGGUACAGAAAUCUAAGGAAAAAGGUAAAUAGCAGAUGUCUUUACAUGAUCGAUAUUUGUUGCUUUUUUGUUCGUGGAGGUAACUAAACUGAGUUAUAUUUCCUCAAAGUAACGGUUAAUACAAUGAAAGACAAGGGAGGAGAAUCUGUGAAACACUGUGAUGCCUUUAAGGCGUAAAACACUGGGGAUGUUCUCAAGAAUUAGAUCAUCAUUAACAACUGAAGCAUCGAACCGAUUGUAUAAAUCGAUGAUACUACCAAAUUUGGAAUACUGUUGUGCUGUUUUUCAUGGCUGUGGUAAAGGAAAUGAAGAAGAAUUGGAACGCCUGCAGAGACGUGCUGCUAUGAUAGUGCUAAAGACGGUACAUUUGUCCACUCAAGAUAUAGCUUCCAGUCUUGGUUGGGACCCUCUUAAGACGAGAAGAGAGAAACAUAUCGUCAAACUUGUCAAGAAUUGUCUUGAUGGACAAGCUCCAAGUUAUUUCUCAGAUUAUUUUCGACGGCGAACUUAUGAUAUUCAUGACUAUGAUACUAGGUCUAGGGAUAGGUUAUCUAUUGAUAAAGUCAAUCUCGAGUUGACUAAGAGGGUCUUUUUUUUAUAAGGGGGCUACCCUUUUUAAUGAUUGUAUGUUGUUUUGAUCAUAAAGAGGCUACCUUUUUUCAUUGAUUAUAAUUAUGUAACGUAUCUCAGUUUCGUAUAUAAUUAAUGUUUUUAUCUAUUUAUUCAUUUAUUUUUAUACAGGACCCAUAUUGAGAGCAGUUUUUAUAACUGAAAUGGUCAUCCUGUUUAAACAUGUUAUUAUUAUUAUUUAUAGAAUAACUGAGAUAGUACGCGUGAUCUGAUUGGUAAAAAACCUAUGGUUUAUUAUACCGGUAAACCUAUAGAAAAAGGCAUCCGGACCACGAGCCAUAAACAAAACCGUCUAUUGAUCUGCAAACAAUGAUUUUAGAAAGGCUAAAAAACAGAACAAGUUACUUAGCCAGCCCUUCUUAAUAUCAAAAGCGUUGGUUUCCACAUUUUAUUACUGCCAUAGCUUUAGAAGAAAUAAAGUACAAAGCUGGAAAGCAGUUUACAUUUCACGACGAUGCCAAAUCGCAGAGAAAGACAACAACUGUGUGAAUUUCUGGUGUAGAAAGUCUCCAGGGAAACUUAACCAUGUGCCAACCAGCAACAAAACGGAUAGUUUUAGCAUUCUUGAUUUAUUUUGUCAUAAUUAAAUUCCUUAAUGAAAGAAAUUGUUCCAAAAAGAGAUCUCUGAUCAAGAUGUAGUACAAAAUCGGCUGCUGUAGGUUGUAAACAAGCUGCCAACGAUGAUGAAAGAUGUCAGAGUUUCGGGCUGGUUUUUUCCAACAUUUGCACAAAUUAUUCGGUGAUUAUCGAUGCCAUAACCUACCUCAAACCACCUGACUUUACAAAUCGACAAAUGUUAACGCCAAUAUGUGGCUACGGCAAAGAAACCUUUCUCCAUUACUGACAUAUUUCCAUCGGUCGCUGUACGUGCAUAUAAAGUUACAUGCAAUAACUUCGCAAAUGCAGCCACGUCGUUACCGCAGCAUUUCUUAAUCAUAAUAAAGUCCAGAAACAGAUCUUAAACCACUGCGGCUUGUAAAAUGUGAAUGAAGUCCUCCAUUACAAUAGCUGCCAGUUCCGUCUGUAAGCACGAAAUUCUUUAUACGGAUCGACUCAACAAAAUACAACUGCGUACAGGCUGAUUUUCAAUUUAUAGUUUCUACUUCUGUAGUAAACAACCAUGAACGUAUUCUUUCAUUGUACGUUCGCAUGAAUAAAUGUUGACUUUUCCUGUAAAACAGCUUACAUAAGUUAUCAUGCAAUGAGUGCAAAAACUCGUGUUUUGAAGUGCUGCUGUCUGUUGUUUGACUGAACUGAGUUUUGAGAAAAUUCAGCGCUAUUAAAUCGUGAGUCAUGAUUGACUUAUGAUGACUUUAGAGAGAAGACAUGACUUGAUCACGUUAUUAAAACCAUAGUUUUUACCUAAAAGACUCCAUUCUACUAAAAGCUUGUAAAUCACUCGCCUUCGGCUCGUGAUUUACAAGCUAUUCUCGUGUUCUCCCAACAUCCCCCGUGGGUUAUCACGCCGGUAAACCCAUAGAAAGUGUGGUCUAUUGCUUAAUAAAUUGCCAAGUUUUCCCUAAUUCUAUCGAACCGGAGUUGAGCGUUAUAUGUUCACCAAUGUUUUGCCUUGGAUCCUUAUUCUUAAGUAAGCGAGGCUUGUCACUGCGUAGAACGUGAGCUAGUGUCAAGUAGGUGGAUAGGACAGUCAUCCUUGACUCUCGUUUAAGUCUAGGCAACACAAAAUAAACCCCAGCACAACACUAUUACAACGACAAUAACGCUGGACAUUUUAAUAAAGAAGUAACCAACUCCCCCUGCCCUCUACCCAAGUCCCCAUUUUUCCCAACCUCCAUUUUGGCAGAACAUGUUUUCAAGUAUGGACGUUUUAGGGUCCCCUUUCAUAGAUCCCUAACCUUUGCUGAUUAAUUUUUUUACUGAGUGUACCCGGUAUCCUUUUUCAACUUAUAUACCUCUUCUCCCCCUGUCAGAUAGAUCUGCCCCUAAAUUCCGCCUGCAAGAGAAAGCUUGUUAUGGUUUUGUAAUUAAUGUCACUUUGCUUUUGAUUCCAGCUGUUGCUGCGGCUAAUGCUGCCAUGCAGCUCCCUCCUAACCAGAUAAAGAUCAUGAACAUCUCAUCGGACGCAAAAGAUCAGGUUUUGCGCCAGUACAGGGAGCAGAUAAAGAAAACUGCAGAUCAGGCUGCAAGUGAUUACAUUAAGAAGGUUUUGGCUGAAAAAAGAGCAAGAAAGUAGAGAUUAAUAUUUAUAAGAAGGCCAAUGAAUACUGGACGUUUUCUUUUUGGUUGAUCCCUCUAAGUAUUUUCUUCUUUUUCAAAAAUAGUUUUCCAUAAUUACACGUGAUAGGUAGGGUAUAUUGUCUUUGUUGAUUGACCCUAUCAGACGACAAUGAAAAUAGCCAAUUAUCAGUCACAAGUAUGUAGAAAGUAAUUUGUCAUUAAACGCCAUGGAUUAUAGCUCUGCAGCGAAAGUAACAUAUUCAUUGUGAAAAGUAACUAAAGAAAUCAAUUGACGUCGGAUAUUAUUGACUUAAAGAGUAUCAAAAGCUAAUAUUGCACGAUCAAAUCUGCUUGUAGCUAAAGAAAUGUUAUAGACAAAGUACUUGAGAAUAAUUGAUGAUACAGUAGGUUAAUUUCUUUAAAAAUAGCUUUUAAAGCUGGUAAAAAUUGAAGCUGUUAUAAAAAUUAUACUCAGUCUGACACUUAGCAAUUAUUGGAUGAGGAUGAGUAUGUUAUGAAGAAUUGUACAGAUCGGCAAACAUCUCAGUUUUGUCAGCGCUACCUAGUUAAGAAAAACUAGCCCGGGAAUUCAAGCCAGUCAUAUGGGGAAAUAUUUUGAAUGAAUAAUACAGUGAGUUACUGUCUAAAUUAACACCAACAAAAUCUUCCUUGCGUGCGGAGCAAUAUAUAAAUGAGCCAUUCCUAAAGAAAAUGAACUACAAUUUUCCCAACAGCGAGUGAACAAAUCAAGAUCUAAUGGAAAAAUAUCCCCUCAACUGACGUAUCCACAGUAUAUGGAUGAAUCAAGUAGAAAACUAUGUAGUUUCUACAUAUUUUUAGGGAGCAAAAAGAAGUUUGGGGCACAUGGUGUUAAAGCCAAUAACCAAAGUCAAAAGAAGAAAGGUGCUUGAAGGGGAGGAAUUUGUAAUGCUAGAAUCCGGAAUUAGCCACCUUUGAAAUACCACCUAAACCAAUAAUACGGAAUAGUGUCACAUAAAACCCUGUCAAGGGUAUUCUGUACUAUUAUGGAAUUUACUUAACUUUAUAAUAGGAAUACAUUAAUAUUUUCGAACAUGUGUCAGUUUAUCUGCCAAAGAAUACAGAAACGUUUUCAAUGCGCUGAGAUCACCGAAUAAUCAUGCAGUUGCUGAAAUAGAAUGGAUCCCACCACACUUGAUUUUAGCUUGGCGAUCAAAGGUAUAAAUUGCCAAUUUGACUUCCUUUGACCCCUC